AGUGGGGGGUUUGAGAGAUGGGAUAGUUGGUUAGUCCUGGGUCAAGGAGGUGCUCUUGGAACAAACUGGCAAAGGAGAGGCUGCUCCAAAUAGAGGCAGUGGGGAGUGAGGAGGAGGCUGCAGUGGGGACUGCGGCUGGACUUUGUGGGGGUGGUUAGGCAGGUGCAGGGAAUGAUACUCCCCUGGUCUGGACAGCAGAGCAGUAGCUUUGACCCACUUCACCUUGUUCUUCCAGGGCGCAGUCCUCAGGAUGUUCCAGGGGUAAUAGAAGUUGGAACCAGAGCCUCUGAGCCAUUCCCAGCAAUGACAGGGUCCCCAAUGAGUCGUCUACUGGCUGGUUUCUGUAUAGGGGUGGUCUUGGGCUGGGUAAGGGGCUCAGUCCCUAACCUUGGCCCUGCAGAGCAGGAGCAGAACCACUACCUGGCCCAGCUGUUUGGUCUGUACGGAGAGAAUGGGACGCUGACUGCAGGCGGCCUGGCCCGGCUUCUUCACAACCUGGGGCUGGGCCGAGUUCAGGGGCUUCGCCUGGGUCACCAUGGGCCUCUGACAGGGAGGGCAACACCCCCAGCCGCAGACAAUUCCACACACAGGCCUCAAGACCCUGAACUGAGUGUGCAUGUCUGGGCAGGGAUGCCUUUGGCUCCUUCAGGGUGGGGUGAUCUGGAGGAGUCAAAGGCCUCCCACCUACCCCAGGGGCCAGCCUCCUCCGGCCUGGGCCUCUUUCACAGACUUCUGCUGCUGGACCACUCACUGGCUGACCAUCUGAAUGAGGACUGUCUGAACGGCUCUCAGUUGUUGGUCAACUUUGGCCUGAGCCCCGCUGCUCCUCUGACCCCUCGUCAGUUUGCUCUGCUGUGUCCAGCACUGCUUUAUCAGAUCGACAGCCGAGUCUGCAUCCAAGCCCCAGCCCCUGCACCCCCCAGGGAUCUGCUAUCUGCCCUGCUUCAUAGCACACUGGCAGUCCUGUUACUCAGCCUCCCUGCUCCCCUCUCCCUACUGCUGCUGAGGCUCCUGGGACCUCAUCUAUUGCCACCCCUGCUGGGGUUCCUGGGAGCCCUGGCCGUGGGCACUCUUUGUGGGGACGCACUGCUACACCUGCUGCCGCACGCACAAGAGAGGGAGCACACAGGACCUGGAGGAGGACCAGAGGAGGACCUGAAUCCAGAGCUGUCUGUGCUCGGAGGCCUCUUCCUGCUCUUUGUGCUGGAGAACAUGCUAGGGCUUUUGCGGCACCGAGGACUCAGGCCACUUGUGGCCUGGCCUCACCUUAGCCCCUGGCUCUGGUGCUGCCUCCACCAGGAGGGAUCCCUCCUAUUUCAGAGGUACUGCAGGCAAAAAAGAAGGGACCUCGCAACACCAAACCUGGACCCAGAGGAUGGCAGUGGGAUGGCCCUUCAGCCUCUAGAAGCAGCUCCAGAGCCAGGGGCUCAGGGCCAGAAGGAGCAGGACAGUCGGCCCCCACCAGCCCCAGCCCCUCCUAGGCACCUAGGACACAGUCAUGGGCACCAAGGUGGAACCAGUAUCACUUGGAUGGUCCUCCUGGGAGAUGGACUACACAACCUCAUUGAUGGGCUGGCCAUAGGUGCUGCCUUCUCUGAUGGCUUCCCUAGUGGCCUUAGCACCACCAUAGCAGUCUUCUGCCAUGAGCUGCCCCACGAACUGGGUGACUUUGCCAUGCUGCUCCAGGCAGGGCUGCCUUUUCGCCGGCUGCUACUCCUGAGCCUAGUGUCUGCAACCCUGGGACUAGGGGGUGCUGCCCUGGGGGUGGGGCUCAGCCUGGGCCCUGUCCCCCUCACUCCCUGGGUAUUUGGGAUCACUGCCGGGGUCUUCCUCUAUGUGGCCCUUGUGGACAUGUUACCAGCCCUGCUUCGUCCUCCUGAGCCCCUCUCUACGCUCCACAUGCUGCUGCAGGGGCUGGGGCUGCUGCUGGGGGGCAGCCUCAUGUUCACCAUAGCCCUGCUGGAGGACCAGCUCCUGUCCCUGGUCUCUGAUGGCUGAUGAGGGCGGGUGGAGAGGGGUUUGGGCUGCCCUUCCUUCCCCCCAACCACAGGAAAGGAGGCGGGACACAGGGCCAGUAGGAGCAAUAGGAUUUUAAUAAACAGAACCCAUCCCAAA